AUGUCGAAGGGUCUGUGUGUGGUGCUGGUCGAGGACUCGUACGAGACGGUGGAGUUCCACUACCCGCGCCUUCGCCUCGAGGAGGCCGGCUACACGGUCAAGGCCGUAGGUCCCCAGGCCAAGAAGGUCUACCAGAGCAAGGAGGGCUACUGGGGCACCUCUGACGCCGUCUUCUCCGACAUCAACCCGGCCGAGGUGAAGGCCCUGGUGGCUGAGGCGCUACCCGAGUGCAACAAGCUCGUCCACGACGCCGCCGAGGCUGGCGCUGUGGUCGGCUUCAUCUGCCACGGCGCGUGGGUGCCCAUCAGCGCCAAGGUCGUCAAGGGCAAGAAGGUGACCUCGCACCCGGCCGUCCAGGACGACCUCGUCAACGCUGGCGCCGAGUGGGUCGACGAGCCGUGCGUGGUCGACGGCAAGCUGGUCAGCGCCCAGCUCCCCAAGGACCUCCCGGCCUUCAUGAAGGCCAUCCUCAACCUCCUCGAGUAG